AUUUUAUGCGAUGGGCACAUGGGAUCAUUCUGUUUCGGGUUAUGGGCACAACAUAUGUUGUCCAGUUUUUAUUGGACACAAAGGAUAUGUAAAGAUGUGAGUGUUCAUGACUGCAGGUGAUGUACUGGAAUGCUGCUAUUGAGUGUUUAUGUGCAUGUACAUGUAGGUGUAGGAUGGUUUGAACAAUAUGCAAUUGGACACAUGCACACAUUCACACACAAACACACUGAUGUGUGUAAUAAAAUAAUGCUAGAAAAUAUAUAUCUCCAUUAUGAAUGUGUGUCCAUUUUUGUUUUGCAAGCGUGUAAUUCUGCGUUUAAUUAUUGAUGGCCACGGCCUCCGCGUGCGUCUUUGUUACUGGCGCUGUUGACUUUGACUGCUUCAAAGUAAAGAGAAAAUUAACCAGAUGGACUGGUUGAGGGGUGAACACCAAAGGGCGUUUCUAUUUACUUAUGUGUUGUAUGUCACAGAGACGCCACACAUGAUCUUACACACAUGCACACAGCUGACCUUGUGCUUUCGCAGGAAGUUAGUAAGAUGUGUGGUGAGAAUGUGUGAAAUAUGGGCUGGAUUGAAUGUGGAGAGAGAUGCUGCUAAAGUGAGAGACUGUUACAUGACGUGUGUGCGGUCCGCAUGCUCGGGAGUCAAAUGACAGCAUCCCUCCAACCAAUUAUCCUCUCUUCACACACACACACAUAUGCACUCACAUAUUAUCACGAAGUCAUAUCCGUAUCUUCUAGGAAACGCAAUGUGGGAAAUGUAUUUGCAUGGUGAGCAACACACACACAGUGACUUUAUUGACUUUUAUUGUUUAUAUACUGAGAGCUAAUUAUAUUUUUAUGUCCACCCCUACACAUACACCUAACCUGCAUUGUAAUUAUUUACAAUGUUAUUAAGACAUUUGAGGGGAAUGUUGACAAUGUAGGUGAAUUAAGGUUUUACUAUCCUUGUGGGAACAUUUGAUCCCUGUAAUGUAGGCAAAACCUGACCCACACAAACACGUAUAAACUCUUUACACACACACGCACAGCAAUAUAAGCUCUAAAUGUCUGCACAUUUUUCCACUGUGCCGUUUCACAUGACAGGCUGGUGAAUUGGUGUUACGUUGCGCAAACACACACACAUACACACACGCUGAUGGAUGUGGCAGGUGACAAGGCCGAAGUGUCACAGAGAGCAAGUCUAAGACAGCAGCGGCCAUUUUACAGCCAUCAUUCUGUCGUAAACAGAAGCAACUUGUAACCUUGUGCUCGAAACGACCCGUGAAACACAGAAACAUAUGCGGCAUUGUAUUACACAACUAGUAUUACAUAAUGUUACGUCAUUAUAAUAAUAAUAUUCCCGCCUCCGUCAUGUGCUGUAAGUGUGAUGUUACUGUGCUGUAAUGAGCAGAAGUCGAAGUUUCGUACACUGGAGACGUGCAUUACUUGUCUUCACUGACUGGCCCAUUAUCGCUGCCCGUGGAGGCUGGCAUCAGGGCCAGCUGAUGCCACAGCAGAUCUGAGGCAGCUGCAUUAGUAGAAGCGGAGACAUGCAGCUUAGCAAUGCACCUGCAGUGAGUCGCAGGAGGAGAGGAAAUCCGGACAGUCAAGGGCUGUUAGGUUUGCUGAGUGUGUGCGCUACAUUACUGCAAUUAUGCACUGGCUGUCCUUCAGAGUGUAUUUGUAACUCAUUGGAAGUUAACUGCAGUGGGCGGAGCCUAGUAUCUGUGCCAGCUCUGACCUCUGUUCCGGAGGGCACGCGCACCAUCCACCUGACCAAUAACCGCCUUGCCUCCCUGCCCGUGUCUGCGUUCGCCAACCUGAGCGCUCUGGAGACACUCGACCUGUCCAACAACUAUCUGGACAACCUGCCUUCCAGACUCUUCCGUGAGCUGGGCAACCUGAGUGAUUUGAGUUUGCGGAACAACAGUCUGACGGUUUUGGAUCGCGAGCUGUUUCGUGGCAUGACCCAGCUGCGGAGGCUGGAUCUGUCUCUGAACGGCCUGGCCGCAGUGCCGCUGGGCCUACUGGAUGAGCUACAAGGGCUGACCUGGCUUUCCUUGGCUGGGAACAGACUUCACGCACUAGAGAGAGCCACGUUUGAGCCCCUCACCAACCUUCAACACCUGGAGCUGGGCAUGAAUCCUUGGGAGUGUGAUUGCAACCUGAGAGACUUCAAACACUGGAUGGAGUGGCUGAUAUAUCGAGGUGGUUACGUCGAUGCGGUUGAGUGUACGCUUCCUAAAGACUUAAGGGGCCGUGACAUCAGGAGUGUUCCUGUGGAGAUGUUCAACUACUGCCUGCAAUUGGAGGAUGAGAACGGGGGCGGGAACGCGAAGGGCAGAUCCCCACCGUGCUCCCGAGCGACGGUCGCUCCGUCGGAAGGCGCAGCGGUGCGUACGGAGGCGGAGCUACCGGACUGCGUAAAGCAGCGAUAUCGGCCAGUCAGCGUGCGUAGGGCGAUCGGUACAGUGGUGAUCGCCGGUGUGGUCUGUGGGAUCGUGUGUAUUAUGAUGGUAGCGGCGGCGGCGUACGGCUGCAUUUACGCCUCCCUGAUGGCAAAAUACCAGCGAGAGCUGAAGAAACGGCAACCGUUGAUGGGUGACACGGAGGCAGAUGCCGACCCGGAGGAGAAACAGAUCUCAUCGGUUGCGUAGGGCAAAUGGGGACAGGGGUCAGAGGUCAGCCACAAAUAUAAAGAACCCUUACUUGGUUUAACUGCCCAGUGGAAGACUCGUCCCACCUGUUUCCUAAUUCUCUGUCCUUCUUGAGACCCUCUCAGACAUUUCUGAAACUUUAUGACCUUUAGGACAAGAGGGACCACUCGGCACUUUAGGAGCCCCCAACGUUGAGAGGUUCUCAGCAGUGGAGGCGUGGACGCUACCGUUGUCCACAGUACCCCGAUGUUUCUAGAGGAUAAUGUGCUGUCGUUAGCAUUAGCCUCUGUAGCAGUCUAACAAUCAACUAAUCCUAAUCUCUCGUCCCAAUACUUAUCUGUUUUUCUAACCCCAAUACCUUACGACCCUAAUCGUAACCCGUAGCCCUAACUUUGUGUGUGAACUGAGCAUCAUAACCCCCGUAUAUCAUAUUUGAAAAAUUUCCAAAUUAUUUAUCAGAUAUUUAUGAUAUAUGCUAUACAAUGUGACGUGACCCAAUUUCUUCAUGUUUUUCAGCGUGAGGUUUGUCCUUUGUAUCGUGUGCUAAAUAAUUUGUGUUGACACAGGUUUUGUUUGUUAGUUUGUUUCGCCAUGUCCAUCUCUAGUGGUUAUUUAAUAAGACUAGAAGAAACCAGCCCUGACGUCUAUUGUGAAGUGUCUUGAAGUAUUGUGCAGUGCUAAUAUAGGAAAGGCUCUGUUGAUGUUAGUGGCAGAUCUUGGCUAUUAGAAACGGCUAUUGGAACUGUUAAUUACACUUGGUGGGUGAAGAAAGCCCAGUGGCCCUACAGUUAAGCUGCCCUCUAACCAAAAAUAAGCAUAUAAAUGUUAUUUUUAUUGAGAUAGAGUUUAACUGUGCAAUAUAAAUUAGUGUCUUUAUUGAUAUGUUCUUUAAAGGUGCAGUGUGUAAAUCUAGUGGUGAGGUUGCGAAUUGCAACCAACAGCUUAGUCCACUGCUCACCCCUCGCUUUUGAAACACAUAGAGAAGCUACGGUAGCCGCCACCGGACAAACAUGUUAUCAUCGGAGACAACUUCGUAAAAAAUGUGUCCGUUAAGGGCUUCUGUAGAAAAAUGGCGGCACAAAAAUGCGACUUCCAUGUAAGGGGACCCUCUGUGUAUGUAGAUAAAAAGGUCACGUUCUAAGGUAAUAAACACAUAACGGUUCAUUAUACACUCCUUAUAAUAUAGUUUUGUAUAUUAUUUUGCAUUUCUGUCAAGAGAUCCUUCUAAAAAUUACACACUGCACCUUUAAUUCUGGUCUAGGGUGUCAUAGAUGAUUUAGUGAGAUAUCUUCUCUUAAAGCUUGUGGCGCAUGAGGAUCAAUAGCUUCUGUGUGAUCAAUUUUCGGCUUGUGGACCAAUUUGCAUAAUCCACUUUUCGUUGAGGAGAAAUGCUGUUUUUAGAUAAAUAAAUAAUUCAGAUCCAUUUGACUUAGGCUUUAAGAAACCCAAAGACAUUGUCAAUAUAAGCUAAUCUGCUGCAAUCAAUUUUUGGACAUUUAAAGCUUAUAAAAAAAAAAGGGUGGAGAGGAAAGGAAAAUAUGUCCUGAACUAGCUGUGCACAAUCUUAAACCGAAACAAUGUAUUUUUCAUUAUUAUAAUUAUUUCAUUCAUAUUUAAAAAAUGAGAAAUAUUUUAAAAUGCUGCUAAUGAUAUCAAGGGCAAUGCUAUUAUUAAAGAGUAACUAAACCCUAAACCAACUUUUUUUAGUUAAUGAUCUGUAAGAAUGAUGCUUUAUUAGUGCUGGUCAUUGAUUUUAGUAAGUUUUUUGACAUUUGGAUAUAAAGUGUUUCAAUACUGCAAUAUAUGGUGUAAAAACGUCUAAGUGCUGCCCUCUUGAGGUUGAACGGUAGGUACUGCAGUUGAAUUUUCCUAUUGGAUGUUGGGUCCAAAAAAUGACUCGUGACGUAAGCAGAUGCAAGCUCACCACGCCCUUGUUACGAUCUCACCACACACUUGUUCGUCCCCUCUCUCUUCGUUGGGAUCUGCCCACUUUUCUUGCAUUUUUCAAAUAUUGCCAGUGGGUGGAGUCACGCUAUGACCAGGGGUUUAGUUACGCUUUAAGCGGUUUGGCACAAUGCUGCCAUCUAUAGGAGGGAUGUGCAGUAAGCACGAGGGUGUAAAGCAAACAUCACACCACCUCAUCAGGAUUUAGGAGAUGCUCUACUGCUGUAACUAUAGCAACAAACACUAUCUCCCCCACAUAAUUCAUUACCAAUGCAAAUUACUGGUAAGGUUACUGGCAAAAAGUUAAAGAAAGUGCAAAUGACCCACAUCAGCAUUUGAAAGUCUAGGAUUGUGUCUCUGUGUUUGGCGAUAUCAUAUCAUAUAUUACACAUGCAGAUACAUAUUAAUUCAAAUGUAUGUUUAAUAUGCAUAUAUUUUAGUCUGUGUCUUAGGUCUUAUUUAGUUUAUUUAUGAAUAAUAACUUUGCAAAAAAUUUGUAUUACCUUUGCCCUGUAACCGUUUCCUGUGCAAAUCCUUUCUGUAGAGAGACUCCAAAAAAGCAUGCUUUGGCCACAAAAUUAUCAAUUUUUUGAAUUAUUAAUGAGAGAGGUUUGGUCAAAUGAAAGCUUUUGCCGUUAUUUUUCAUUUAUGUUAUGUUAUGUGGCAUGUGUCAUAGGCCUGCGCUCUGCACGGGGCGACAAACACAGAACAUGUAUCCUCUGUUUAAAAAAAGCACUUUUGCCACCUUUGGACGAAUACUUUCCUGUCAAAUUGCACUUAUUGCGAAUAUUUUCAAACAUAAGCACAUGCUUGUUUAUUGACGAUGUCAGCAAUGCGCUUUAUCUGAAUAUAAGCUGACAGAGUGACGCGUUAUGUAAUAUGUCAUUGAAUAUGAAUAUGAGCAAGGACUCAGCUGGUGUGUGUUUUACUCUCUCCAGGGACAUCACACACUACGCCAUUGCUAAAUAAAGGCUUUCUAAAUCCUGUUGGAUGGUUUAAGGAAAGGAUUUGCCCGUCUGAUUGAACUGCAAGCAUCUUUAUGAAGUUCUGGUUUAAUAUCUUCUAGCUUAUUGAUGUGUCCUAUUCUUCACUUGACCUUUUUUCUAAGACUGAUAUGAGAUCCUUCUUUAUAUUUUCGCUUGAUAAAAAUGAGUUUGAAAUUAUAAUUUGUGAGCUGUGAUAUAAUUCUGUGUUAAAAAUGAAUAAAGAAUGUAUUUAUGUAAA